AUGGCCGAGUCAGUGGUGCAAUUAAAGUGCGAAUGCAAGCACGACCCCUGGGGCAAGAAAGGCAAAGAUUCCAUUGCCGGACAGCUCUGGUCCAAGACCCCCGGAGCGGGAGAUCUGAAAGAUGACGAGACAUAUUCUGAGAUGUGGAUGGGCACGUAUCCCACCGUUCCCUCUCGAUUGCUUUCCACCGGUGAACUGCUCUCCGACUAUCUGAAGAAGAACCCGCAGCUGGUGGGCAAAGCGACUUUGGAGAAGAGCGGGCCUGAGAUUCCAUUCUUGCCUAAGAUCCUCUCCUUCGCCAAAUCCCUCCCUCUCCAAAUCCACCCCGACAAAUCCCUCGCCGAGAAACUCCACGCCAAGGACCCCCAUAAAUUCGGCGACAGCAACCACAAACCCGAGAUCGCCAUCGCCCUGUCCCACUUCGAGCUCUUCGCCGGCUUCAAGCCCUUCGACGAGAUCUCCACCAUCAUGCACCUGCCCCCUCUAACCCGCUACCUCCCCUCCCAAUCCAACCCCUCCUCCAGCGGAUCAUCAACCGCCCCAGAAAUCAACGCCACCACCCUCCGCACCAUCAGCAAAACCCUCCUCUCCCUCCAACCCAACAUCGUCGCACAAACCAUCUCCGAACUCCAAUCCCUCCCAGACACCCACUUCGGCCCUCAGAACCGCAUGAUCCCAAGCCUCCUCACCCGUCUCAAGAACCAAUACUCGGAAUCCGACAACGGCGCGCUCGUCGCCGCCCUCCUGAUGAAUUACAUGGCUAUUGGACCCGGCGAGGCCGUCUGCGUCCCGGCGGAUGGGAUCCAUGCGUGGCUCUCUGGCGAUAUUGUCGAGUGUAUGGCGCGGUCGGAUAAUGUGUUGAAUACGGGGUUUUGUCCGCGCGCGGACCGCGAUGAUGUGGAGUUGUUUGGGGAGGCGUUGAGUUUCCAUCCGCGCGGGGUCGAGGAGGUGAGUUUGCUGAGACGGAGGAGUGAGAAGGGGGUGAAUGGGCGGACGCAUGUGUAUGCGCCGCCGUUUAGUGAGUUUAAUGUGUUGGCGACGGGGUUGGGGAGUGGGGAGAGGGAGAGGCAUGAAAAGAUUGGGGGGCCGAGUUUGUUGUUGGUCACGAAGGGGGAGGGCAGGAUGGUUGAUGGGGAGGGACAUAGUUGGGAUGUGAAAGAGGGAGCGGUGUUUUUUGUCGGACAGGGUGUGGAGUUGGAGUUUGUGGCGGACAAGGGGUUGGCGUUGUAUAGGCCUUAUGCGGAGUAG